ACCGGAGGAGAUCCCUACUCUUCCGAGGCCCCUCCCUCCAUCCUCCUCCAUUACUCCAGUCCCUCCAUCCUUCACUGCAAGCAUCCUAGGCGGGCCCAGGAGGCGGAGCACGCGGGUGACCCAGCGGUGACGUGAGUACUGCUCCGCAAAUAUAGAGACGCCCGGGGGCGCAGAGACAGAGCUCCGCAGCCAUCUCCUCCAGAGCUAGAGCCACAGCGGCCGGUCGACACCCGUCCAUCAGACGCCACCAGCAGCGCCACCACCAUGCGGGAAAUCGUGCACCUGCAAGCCGGUCAAUGCGGUAACCAGAUCGGGGCCAAGUUCUGGGAGGUCAUCAGUGAUGAGCAUGGCAUCGACCCCACUGGGACCUAUCAUGGGGACAGUGACCUCCAGCUGGAGAGGAUCAAUGUCUACUACAACGAGGCCACAGGUGGAAACUAUGUUCCCAGAGCCGUGCUGGUCGACCUGGAACCCGGCACCAUGGACUCUGUCCGCUCCGGCCCUUUUGGCCAGAUCUUUCGGCCAGACAACUUUGUAUUUGGUCAAUCUGGAGCAGGCAACAACUGGGCCAAGGGUCACUACACCGAGGGCGCAGAGUUAGUGGAUGCAGUCCUGGACGUGGUGCGCAAAGAGGCGGAAAGCUGCGACUGUCUCCAGGGCUUCCAGCUCACCCACUCGCUCGGAGGUGGCACCGGCUCAGGCAUGGGGACCUUGCUCAUCAGCAAGAUCCGAGAGGAGUUUCCAGACAGGAUCAUGAAUACGUUCAGCGUGGUGCCAUCACCCAAGGUGUCUGACACGGUGGUGGAGCCCUACAAUGCCACGCUGUCUGUGCAUCAGCUGGUGGAGAACACUGAUGAGACCUACUGCAUCGACAACGAGGCCUUGUACGACAUCUGCUUCCGCACGCUCAAGCUGACCACGCCCACCUACGGGGACCUCAACCACCUGGUGUCAGCCACCAUGAGUGGAGUCACCACCUGCCUACGCUUCCCGGGCCAGCUCAAUGCAGAUCUACGCAAGCUGGCUGUGAAUAUGGUACCGUUCCCCCGUCUCCACUUCUUCAUGCCAGGAUUCGCACCCUUGACCAGCAGGGGCAGCCAGCAGUACCGGGCCCUCACCGUUCCUGAGCUGACCCAACAGAUGUUCGAUGCUAAAAACAUGAUGGCUGCGUGUGACCCAAGACACGGUCGCUACCUGACGGUGGCUGCUGUCUUCCGGGGACGGAUGUCCAUGAAGGAGGUAGAUGAGCAGAUGUUAAGUGUACAGAGCAAGAACAGCAGUUACUUCGUUGAGUGGAUCCCCAACAAUGUCAAGACAGCCGUAUGUGACAUCCCACCCCGGGGCCUGAAGAUGGCAGCCACCUUCAUCGGCAACAGCACUGCCAUCCAGGAGCUGUUCAAGCGCAUCUCGGAGCAGUUCACCGCCAUGUUCAGGCGCAAGGCCUUCCUGCACUGGUACACCGGCGAAGGCAUGGAUGAGAUGGAGUUUACGGAAGCAGAGAGCAAUAUGAACGACCUGGUGUCCGAGUACCAGCAGUACCAGGAUGCCACUGCUGAAGAGGGCGAGUUCGAAGAGGAGGCCGAAGAGGAGGUGGCUUAAGUCUCCUGCUAUCACCCUGUCCCUGGGGCCCACCAGCAAAGCUUUGACCCUAAGCAUCACACCCCUGCACCCAGUUGCCUCAUUCCCUCGGAUCUCAUGAGCAUCUUCACCAUGAGGGCCAAGCCCAGGUUCUAUUUGCUUCACCUUUAACUCCUAAACCCCACUGUCUCUCCAACCUGCCAGGGAAGGGCUCUUCUAGUUCCCAUGAGCGCCCCUCAACACAUGCACACACACACGCACAUGCACACACUCAACCUCCUUAGAUCUUGAAAAUCCUUUCUUUUAUGCCCUGUCCCUUCCCCAGCACUCCUGAACCAUUCUCCUCCACCUCUUGACAUGCCCAGAUAUUUCUCUAGAUCUUAACAUUUUCCCCAGCCUCCAAGUCCUCUCAUCUUGCCUUACCUCUGACCUCACAGCUACCCACUCCUGACCCAGCACCUUCACUCUGGCUCCCCUAAGUCCCCGUGUGUUCCUGCCCUUGUGCCUUAGUUCAGUUCCUACCAGAGAAGUGCUGAAGGACGAGGAAAAAAAGAGAGGCCUGUUGCCUGGGGUGAGAGAGCCCCUCCCUACAAUCCACCCCACCCUGCUCUCCCCUGCUGACCCUCCAUCAAUAAAUGAGUCAUUGCUUUGGUGUGG